AAUAUUUCAUUUUCACAACUUUUUUUUAUUCUGAAUAUAUCUUAUUUAGAUAAAUCAAUAUUUAUAAUCAUAUUAUUAUUCAUGUCAUCAUCUCAUGUGUUAGAGGUUAUUAAAGACUUUGAAAGGGCACUUGAAAAUGAAGAGAAUUAUGAUGUAAUUAUCAAAGCCGGAGAAGAACCCAAAGAACUCCGAGCUCAUUCAUUUGUGCUUCGUACUAGAUGUCCAUAUUUUAAGAGAGCGUUAUCUGAAAAUUGGGAGGAAAAGGAUGAUAAUGGUAACUUUAUUUUUAAAAAACCAAAUAUCUCUGUUGAAGUAUUCAAAUUAAUUCUCAAAUAUUUAUACACAGGAAUUGCGGAUUUAAGUCAACAUAGUAAAGAAAUGAUUUUGCAAUGUCUAUUUGCGUCCGAUGAAUUAGGAUUGGAUAAAUUGAUUGACCAAAUUCAAGAUGAUUUAAUUAAUAACGAAGAAUCUACGUAUAAGGAUCCUGUUAGUACACUUAAAGUUAUUUACCAACACGAACCAUUUGAGCGUCUAAAGGAUUAUUGCCUAGAAAUUAUUAGCGAAGAACCAAUGAUUCUUUUUUCGUCUAAAAAUUUUUCAUCAUUGGAAAAAGAAAUUAUUAUCAUGGUACUUCAAAGAGAUGAUCUUAAUAUGGAAGAAAUAGACAUAUGGGAUUCUAUUAUUAGAUGGCUCUUCGUUCAUAACUUAAAGUUUGAUGAUGAUAAUUUUAAAUUAUCAUCAGAAGACAUAGCAAAUUUUAAAAAUACUACAAAAGAAUUUAUUCCAUUAAUUAGAUUCUAUGACAUUUCUAGAGAAGAUUUUUAUUUAAAAGUAUAUCCUUAUAAAGAUCUAUUGCCUAAAGAUUUGAUCCAUGAUGUCCUUCGAUAUCAUAUGGUUCCGGAUUCUACACCGAUGCUAAAUUUUAAACCUUCUAGAGGUCGCAAACAUAAAUCCAUUUUAAUUGAUAAUAAUGUAUUUAUGCGCUUUGCUAAGUGGAUCGAUAAAACAAAUGAAGAUUAUACUAAAAAAACCAUGCCAUAUAGGUUCGAACUACUACUUCGUGGCACUAGAGAUGGAUUUGGUUCUGCAAAGUUUCAUCAAUUAUGUGACGAUAAAGGAGCUACAAUUUCUUUUUCAAGAGUCAGUAAUAAUCAAAACCAAAUUAUUGGUGGCUAUAAUCCAUUAAAUUGGUAUCAAACGGAAGCAUAUGCAAGUUCGAAUGAUAGUUUCAUAUUUAAUAUAACAAAUAUCAGUGACCUUAAUUCUGCUAAAGUAGGACGUUGCAAUAAUUCUAAUAAUGCAAUAUAUUAUCAUAGUAAUUAUGGACCAACUUUUGGUAGUGGGCAUGAUUUGCGCGCACAAGGAAAUACUACCUGGAGUACUAGUAAUGGAAGCACUUAUUCCAGCGUUAGCCUGCCAAAUAAUAGUUUUACAAUUGACGAAUAUGAAGUAUAUAGAAUUGUAAAGAAACGUAGUCUUCAAAAUACUUAAAUUUUGAUCCGAGUAUUUUUUUUUGUAUAUUUAAAG